AUUGAAAUUCGAACUAUGGACGCCCCUUAUUUUCUACCAGAGCACGUUUUCAAAGAUAAGUGCAUGCUUCCAAAGUCUUUAGAGAAGCAUGACAAAAAUCUGUACUUUUUGACCAACAAGAUUGCAGAGUCACUCGGUGGAAGUGGCUACAGUGUUGAGAGACUGUCAGUACCAUACGUACCACAAGUCACAGAUGAAGAUCGACUUUCCAGAAGAAAAAGCAUUGUGGACACCGUAUCUAUUCAGGUGGACAUUUUACCCAACAGUGUUCCUUCUGAUGAUGUGGUUAGUAACACUGAAGAAAUCACCUUUGAAGCAUUAAAGAAGGCAAUUGAUACCAAUGGAAUGGAAGAACAGGAGAAGGAAAAGAGGCGUCUUGUGAUAGAGAAAUUCCAGAAAGCUCCUUUUGAAGAAAUAGCAGCCCAGUGUGAAUCCAAAGCCAAUUUGCUUCAUGAUAGACUUGCUCAGAUACUGGAACUCACCAUCCGCCCUCCUCCCAGUCCAUCGGGAACGCUGACCAUUACUUCCGGGCAUGCCCAGUACCAGUCUGUCCCCGUCUAUGAGAUGAAGUUCCCGGAUCUGUGCGUGUACUGAGGGGCUCAGGAAGACCUCCGCAUAGGAUUGCAAAGCCCACAAAUUACGGCCAGGCUGUGUUCAGGAUGUACUUAGAAUGUGGUAACAUACUUCUUGAAAAUAACCAUGGCUCUUACCUUUAACCAAAUGCUUGGCAUACUGUAUAAGAAAUUUUGAACCUGUAUUUGAUUUGAAGAUAGGUUUAUGCCAUGUUCAUUUCUUUUCAGGUUCCUGUUGGCUUUUAAAGGUGAACAUGUAUUGGUCUCACAUUAUUUCAUUGUUAAACAGUAUAUUUUAAACUUUUCACAAACAUGUAAUUAUAAAAAAAAAAUUAAGCCUUAUAAGGGUUGGAGAUGUUUGAAGUGUGUGCUGUAUUUCUACACAUUUACACAGCUGCUUAGAAAUAAACUUGCUUUUGAUUUUGGUUAUCUGCAAAAGCAAAACCACACACAUAUAUUCUAAUUCUAGGGCUGCAAACCUGGUCUGUGGCUUUUUCUGUGUUUUAGACACUGUGAUGGGCGUCCCUCUGUUCAUGUACCGUGGUCCUCAGCUUGUUAGGGUAGUGACAGUUAUUGAAUGAUAUUCCUAGAAGAUGAUCUUGAAGUCGCUAGUUCUUGUGAUACUGUAUUUCCUGCCGAGAGUUUGACCAUUCUUUUUAGGAAGCUUAGCGCUUACUCUCGGAAUACCGAACUGUGCAAUAUUUUUUACAUCAGAAGAUGUAUUAGUCUACAGACUAUGCUUUGAAAUUAUAGUAGUAUUUUGCUGUGGCUCCAUUAAUUAAAUGAGCUAUAUAUUUAGUAUAGAAAAACAAGACAUUUAAAAUAGCUACUAGUUCACCUGUGAAGAGUGUACAUUUUGAUUUUUAUUAAGAACACAUUAGUUUACUUUUUUAUAUUGUGCAUUGUCUUAAAUCCUCAUACUCAGAAAAUUACCAUAACAUACUUUUACUUUGUAAGAUUUGAAAUGUAGCUUGUAUGCAUCUGUUUAGCAUUUAUGAUACUGCAUUUGAAAAGGGUGCCGAUGGUUUUAGCAGUCAAGUGUGCUGAGGCUUGUCAAUGUAAGCUUUUGUUGAUUUAAUCUCCCAAGAUUACACAUACUGGCGCUCUACGCAUGUGCCGACAAACCUAUAGUGUUUUCUUAAAACUAAUUCACUUUUAGUGAAUUCCAUUACACAGCAAAGUAAACAACUUUCUUUGCAACUCAUAACAUUCUCCUAGGACAUUUUUAUAACAUAACCCGUGUAUAGUUGUACCUUUUCAGAUUCUUUUUUCUUUUUUACAUAAAAAUAUAACUAUCAAAAAUUGUACCUCAAAAACAAUUCAGUUUUUAGCCUUUGUUUUUGUUUGAGAAAUUGCAAUGAAGAAAGGCAUGUUAUAACUUUCUGUUUAUGGUUAGUUGGGCACCUGUGGUAGAAACAGAAAAAAGUAAGGAAGCAUACUGGAACUGUUUUGAAUAUUUAAACCAAAGUAUAGCACCUUGAAACAUGUUGCAAACGAUCCUCAUCAUUUAAACCUAUAAAAUGAUACUCUUAACAUCCUGGGCACUUUAUCAGCUGUAGGUGAAAAAGACCCUGUUUCAGAGAAAUAGUGCUGUCACCACUGGGGGUUAAGUGGCCCAAUUGCUGCGGUCACUGUAACAUUGCCUCUUGAUCAGCUAAAAUGUUUCAGCAUUUAAUAGGCCAAAUAUUAUGGGAUUUUUUUAAUUUUCCUUUUUUUCUUCUGUGUAUUUAAAAAAGGAUAUUAAUUUUUGACUGCACAUUUUUAAAAAAAAACAAAGCAGGGGGACAUGCAAAAACAAUCAUCAUCCACUCGGAUGUCAUUUUAUAGAUUAACACUGUGUGCUUUUGUAUGAAAAAGUAUAUAUAAUUUAAUAGUAUACGAAAAGGAGAUAUAUAUUUGUUUGCACUCAUGCAGAACAAACUUUGCUCUACAGAAUUUCAUGUUUCUCUGUGAUUUAUAAAUGCAUGUAUUGCAUGUAAAGGAAAACCAUUUCAAUUAAUGUUGAUCACGCCUUUCUCUUGGUCUGUUUGUAAACUGUUGAUUUGGGCUUCUUGGGUAUUUUUCUUGUUUUUAAAUCACAGUAGACUUCUGUAUGUCCUCAGUUACUGAACUGGUCUUGUUAACAGUGAUUUCCUAGAAAUGGAUCUUUGUUUUGGCUUGUCCCUUCCAGGAGACGGCAGGAGACCCCGCAGGUAAUAGGUGUCACACUGGAUCCCAGCCAGUGUGGGGACUGAAAGUUUAGGAUUUGUUGAAGUUCAUUGUAUUGUUAUAUUUUUGUAGAUAUUAAAACUCUGUUAGUCACUCUCUUUUCGCUGUAUACAGUUACUUAUAUCAUUCAUUUUUUUUCUUGACAUUUAAAUGGCCCUCCUAUACUUGUGUUGUCUUUACUUAUAGUUUGUCAUUGGAGUGAACCUGAAAACACACACACACACACACACACACACACACACACACACACACACACACACACACACACACACAUACACACACUGCAUUGAAACGUCUGGACUCAUUAUCUUUUGGAAUAAUACUACACUUUACCAGCAAUUAACUUCCCCUCCUCAAAAGAUGUCUCUUCUUCCUGUAUGAAAAUGGCACUGAUUUGUCAUACUCAUGCCAAUAUAUGUGAUAAAUGUAAUGAAGUGAGUUUUUUUGAAAUGUAAAAAUUCACUGUGCAAUUCAUAUGUAAGCAAUAAAAACAAAAUCAAAAUA